AAGCGAGGGCGCGCGUGGCUUUGCGCUCUCUUGCCUGGGGUGAGCUUUGGGGAUCCACCUCUUUUCUCCUCCUCCUCCUGGCGUGCCGGGCGAGGGUUGCAGGGAGGAGGCGGGAGCAAGGCGGGGAAGGGGCUUGCCUCCUUUCCUCUGGCACCAUCGCAUGCAGAAAGGCGUGAAAUAGAGCCGAGGGAGGCUGGUGGCGGGACUCUCUUCUCCCCGGAGCCCAGGCGGAGGGCGAGUCUGGAAGGUGGGGCGCUCGCGCGGUCCAUUGCAGCGGUCCCCGGAAACAUGGCGAGUGAUUCUCCAGCCCGGAGCCUGGACGAGAUCGAUCUGUCAGCCUUACGGGAUCCUGCAGGCAUCUUUGAACUGGUUGAGCUUGUCGGCAAUGGAACCUAUGGACAAGUCUAUAAGGGUCGUCAUGUUAAAACGGGACAACUUGCAGCUAUUAAAGUUAUGGACGUCACCGGGGAUGAAGAAGAGGAAAUCAAACAAGAAAUUAACAUGCUGAAGAAAUAUUCUCAUCAUCGAAACAUUGCUACGUAUUAUGGUGCUUUCAUUAAAAAAAAUCCUCCAGGAAUGGAUGAUCAGCUUUGGCUGGUGAUGGAGUUUUGUGGCGCUGGCUCUGUCACCGACCUGAUCAAGAACACAAAAGGGAACACAUUGAAGGAGGAGUGGAUUGCCUACAUCUGCAGGGAGAUUUUACGGGGUUUAAGUCAUCUCCACCAGCACAAAGUAAUCCAUCGAGAUAUUAAGGGACAGAAUGUUUUGCUGACAGAGAAUGCGGAGGUUAAACUAGUGGAUUUUGGAGUCAGUGCUCAGCUCGACAGAACGGUUGGUCGAAGGAACACAUUUAUCGGAACCCCAUACUGGAUGGCCCCUGAAGUUAUUGCCUGUGAUGAAAACCCGGAUGCCACGUAUGACUUUAAGAGUGAUUUGUGGUCAUUGGGGAUAACAGCCAUUGAGAUGGCCGAGGGAGCUCCUCCUCUUUGUGACAUGCAUCCUAUGAGAGCUUUGUUCCUCAUUCCUCGGAAUCCAGCUCCCAGGUUGAAAUCAAAGAAAUGGUCCAAAAAGUUCCAGUCCUUUAUUGAGAGCUGCUUAGUGAAGAAUCAUGGUCAAAGACCAACCACUGAACAGCUGAUGAAGCAUCCGUUCAUUCGAGAUCAGCCUAAUGAAAGGCAGGUUCGCAUCCAGCUCAAGGACCAUAUUGACAGGACUAAGAAGAAACGUGGAGAGAAAGAUGAAACUGAAUACGAGUACAGUGGAAGUGAGGAGGAAGAGGAAGAAAACGACUCUGGAGAACCCAGCUCCAUCUUAAACCUGCCUGGAGAGUCAACGUUAAGACGGGACUUUUUGAGGCUUCAGCUCGCAAACAAGGAACGCUCAGAGGCCCUCCGUCGGCAACAGCUGGAGCAGCAGCAACGUGAGAAUGAGGAACACAAGCGACAGCUGUUGGCAGAACGACAGAAGAGAAUUGAGGAGCAGAAAGAGCAGAGGCGGAGGCUGGAAGAGCAGCAGAGGAGAGAGAAAGAGUUAAGGAAGCAGCAAGAGAGAGAGCAGCGCCGGCAUUAUGAGGAACAGAUGCGUCGAGAGGAAGAGAGGAGGCGUGCAGAGCACGAGCAGGAAUACAAGCGCAAGCAGUUAGAGGAGCAGCGGCAGGCUGAGAGGCUCCAGCGGCAGCUGCAACAGGAGCGGGACUAUCUGGUCUCCUUGCAGCAGCAGCAGCAACAGCAACAGCAGCAGCGGCAAGACCAGAGACCCGCAGAGAAGAAACCUCUGUAUCAUUAUAAGGAGGGGAUGAAUGCCAGCGAGAAGCCAGCUUGGGCAAAGGAGGUGGAGGAGCGCUCCAGACUCAACCGGCAGAGUUCUCCAGCAAUGCCUCACAAAGUAGCUAACAGGAUAUCUGAUCCAAACCUGCCUCCGCGGUCAGAGUCCUUUAGUAUUAGUGGGGUACAGACUGCUCGGACGCCACCUAUGCUCAGACCGGUGGAUCCACAGAUUCCACAUCUGGUCAGUGUGAAAUCCCAAGGACCUUCUUUGCCAGCCUCUCAGUCACUGCAUGAACAGCCCACAAAGGGAAUGGCUGGGUUUCAGGAGGCUCUGACGGUGACCUCUCACCGCACUGAGAUGCCAAGGCAGAACUCGGACCCCACUUCUGAAAACCCUCCUCUCCCCCCUCGCGUUGAAAAGUUUGACCGAAGUUCUUGGUUACGACAGGAGGAAGACAUUCCACCAAAGGUACCUCAACGAACUACUUCCAUCUCACCUGCAUUAGCUCGAAAGAACUCUCCUGGGAACGGCAAUGCACUGGGUCCUCGUCUAGGAUCGCAGCCCAUCAGAGCAAGCAACCCGGACUUGCGGAGAACUGAGCCCAUCAUAGAAAACCCCUUACAAAGGACAAGCAGCGGCAGCUCUUCCAGCUCCAGCACCCCCAGCUCCCAACCCAGCUCCCAGGCAGGAUCACAACCUGGAUCCCAAGCUGGCUCGAGUGAACGGAACAGAGUCAGAGGGAACACCAAGCCCGAAGGAUCACCCGUUCUCCCUCAUGAGCCAGCUAAGAUGAAACAGGAAGAGGGCAAAGAUCUGACGCGACCGAGUCGGCCUGCUGACCUGACUGCCUUGGCCAGAGAACUGAGGGACCUGCGCAUCGAAGAAACUAACCGGCCUCUGAAGAAAGUUACUGACUACUCCUCCUCCAGUGAGGAGUCUGAAAGUAGUGAAGAGGAAGAGGAAGAGGGGGAGAGUGAAACGCAAGAUGGCACUGUGCCUGUCAGUGACAUUCCAAGGCUUAUACCAACAGGAAUGCCAGCAAACAACGACUCCUACAACAUAGGAAUGGUGUCAAGCCACGGCCUAGAACCAUCCCAUCCUGAUACCUUUAGCAGUAUUUCAAGAGAGGGGACUUUAAUGAUAAGGGAGACUGGUGACAAAAAACGCUCCGGCCACACUGCCAGCAAUGGCUUUGCAGGCCAUGUCAAUCUUCCCGAUUUGGUGCAACAAAGUCACUCGCCUGCAGGCACGCCGACUGAGGGACUGGGACGAGUCUCCACCCAUGGGCAAGAGAUGGAUUCUGUGUCCGAAUAUGGUAUGGGAAGCAGCACAAAAGCAUCUUUUACCCCAUUUGUGGACACCAGAGUGUAUCAGACCUCCCCGACUGAUGAAGAUGAAGAUGAUGACGAGGAGUCAUGUGCUACAGCAUUGUUCACCAGUGAGCUGCUGAGGCAAGAACAGGCCAAACUGAAUGAAGCCAGGAAAAUUUCAGUAGUGAACGUGAACCCCACCAACAUUCGUCCUCAUAGCGACACGCCAGAGAUCCGAAAGUACAAGAAACGCUUCAAUUCAGAAAUACUUUGUGCUGCUCUGUGGGGUGUAAACUUACUGGUGGGAACAGAGAACGGGCUUAUGCUGUUGGAUCGGAGCGGCCAAGGAAAGGUGUACAAUCUUAUCAACCGGAGGCGGUUUCAACAGAUGGAUGUGCUAGAAGGACUCAAUGUCCUUGUCACGAUCUCAGGAAAGAAGAACAAACUACGAGUGUAUUAUCUUUCGUGGUUAAGGAAUAGAAUAUUGCACAAUGAUCCAGAGGUAGAAAAGAAACAAGGCUGGAUCACCGUUGGGGAUCUGGAAGGCUGCAUACAUUAUAAAGUUGUGAAAUAUGAGCGAAUCAAGUUCUUGGUGAUUGCCUUAAAGAAUGCUGUAGAGAUAUAUGCUUGGGCUCCUAAACCAUAUCACAAGUUCAUGGCAUUUAAGUCUUUUGCAGAUCUCCAGCACAAACCAUUGCUAGUUGAUCUGACAGUAGAAGAAGGUCAGAGAUUAAAGGUCAUCUUUGGGUCACACACUGGUUUCCAUGUGAUUGACGUGGAUUCGGGCAACUCUUACGACAUCUAUAUACCAUCUCAUAUUCAAGGCAAUAUCACACCUCAUGCCAUUGUCAUUUUGCCCAAGACGGAUGGAAUGGAGAUGCUUGUGUGCUAUGAAGAUGAAGGGGUCUAUGUCAACACCUACGGGCGGAUUACAAAGGAUGUGGUGCUCCAGUGGGGAGAAAUGCCCACUUCAGUAGCAUACAUCCACUCCAAUCAAAUAAUGGGCUGGGGUGAAAAAGCCAUAGAGAUACGAUCAGUGGAGACGGGACAUUUGGAUGGCGUAUUUAUGCAUAAGCGUGCUCAGCGGUUAAAGUUUCUAUGUGAAAGAAAUGAUAAGGUAUUUUUUGCAUCAGUGCGAUCUGGAGGAAGUAGCCAAGUUUUUUUCAUGACCCUCAACAGAAAUUCCAUGAUGAACUGGUAACACAAGGGUUCAUGAUGUUUACCUUACCCUGAGGCCAAUGUUUUUAAUUUUCAAGGACAUUGGAACAUGUGGACUAACACUUUAGAAGGCAGGCAAAGAAGACAUUGUGGAACAUGUUUGCUUCUUUCCGUCAACACACUCGCACUCACACAGACACACUCCAAGAGUACAACACACCUUUACUGUUGUGGUUUAGGAAUGAAGGUUUGUUCAAGAUCACUGGAAUGCGACACUGUAUUGGAGCAGAAGUGGAGAAGUGUGCAAGAGGUUUAGCAGAAUAAAUCUCUUGAGGUCUUCAGAAUUAAGCUGUGAUAGAGUGGGUUAUACAAUUUUUUAAAAUUUUACUUUUUCCUUGUCCCUCUAUUUGUAAGGAUGGGGACAGAACUAAGUGUCAGAGUCUCUGUUUUUAAUUUUGUCUGCCUGCUAGCAUUGAAUAUAUAGUAUGUUGUAAGGUUACCAAUUAAAACUGGUGAGAGACAGCACAAUAAAUGUACCGUUUUAUCUUUGUGUUGGAGGCCCUAGCCAUUGAGCUAGUUAACUUUGGUGAUUCUUUUUUUGCCUUUACCAACAUUUCUGCGUAUUACUUUGAAAAAAAACAACAGGUUGACAAGUUGCCAGAGAAAUAGUAGGAUCUGCCCCUCCCUUUGGGGGGAAAUAGAUUCUAAAAUGGCUAAUCAGCUAGCCUUAAACAAUAACAAAACACCCAUUUUUUUCCUUGUCAACUUGUUCGUCCAUACUCCCAUAUGGAAUUUUAUAUCAUGGUGCUCAUUGCGAGGCACGAUAGUGCUGUUCUUGGCUGUCGUUCCCAAAGUUGGCCUUAGUAUUACGUUGCCUUUCCUUAAGCUGUAACGUGAAAGGCACUGGAACAGAACUGCAGGCAGAGAAGUGAAGUGAGAUGUAACAAGAUUCUGAAGAUGGGCUAAAGAGUGUGCUGAGCAAUUUGAUGAACAAGGCAUCCGGCUGGGAUACGCUGCGCCUAGGUCCAACCUGCUGUGUAUAGCAGUACUUGCUUUGAAGGGGAUUGGUCAUUUUAGAUACUUUUUUUUUGCUUUCUUGAAACUCCCAUUGAACUUAACAUGAGCCAACAGUAUUUAAACCUUUGCAAGAUGGGAGUCCCAAACAGUAAUGGACAUUUGACCUCUUCUUUGUCAGAUGGAUUCUUUUUCAAUAUAUGGAGGGGACUUACCCCUUGGCUCAAGGAAUAUUAAAGAAGCGCAGGUGCAAGAGAAAAAAUAUAGCAGACUUCACUGGCCAAGAGCCUAAUGCUUAGACUCACCUUUCUGCCCCUCCCUGCUCCCUUUUGCUGCUCAUUUAUAUAUAGCAACCACCAUUGUGUGUGCAGAAGUAUGUAUGAAUUUAGUUUGGGUUAUCCUGUGUCCUUGUAUGCUCUGUUCAAAUGAUUUCCGAUCUUAAGUAAGUUAUGUGCAAUGUUUCUUUUUCUCCUUUCUCCAAGCAUGGAUUCCCCCAUUGGUCAGUGAAUGUAACAUAAUUGGAUCUGUGUUUCUGUUUUUAACCUACCUCAUUUAAUUUUGUUUCAAUUAGCUUUUGUCUCACUGUCUCCAGUGGACACUCAGAGAGUUUGGCCAGUGUUUAGUGAGAACACUGUCUUUAAGUGAUCAUUAGUGGUGGGGCAGUUUGGGCCUCUUUAAAAGGCAAGAAAUGGAAAUCGAGUUGCCUCCUUCCUAUUUCCCUCCUAGGUCCCUUAUUGCCGCUCUUCUCAUAGCAUGGGACAGGCCUUCAGCUGUCUGAAUCAGUUGUCUUGCAAGACAGGCCUUUCUAAGAAGGCGCUCACAGUUACUGGGUGUGUGUAUUUAUGCACAGGGAACCUUUCUUGGCCACAACCUGCCUUGUUUGUAUGUUCAAUGAGAAAAGGGGCCCAUCUCUGCCACCCACCCCCACCCUACCUCGCUGCAUGAUGCCACAGUGGAAGCAGCACGCAGGACCAGAUCAACUCUGAGGCUACGUGCCCUAAAGAGCAGGAAGCCAGUCCGAUUGGUACCCUGCUAUGGCAUAGUUAUCCAAAAACGUGCCUGCCUCAGAUUUCCUUUCCUGCUCCUUCUGCCCAAAGACAUGUUGGCUUUGUGACCACAAAACAUGGCAAAGGGAAACAACGACCAUAAGUUCCAAUUGUGGGAGGAAAUCUAGUGCUAUUAUUUCAAGCCUUUAAAAGAGGCUCAGGCAUGGAGCCAUUAAGUCAGGCCAGCCAUCACCUCUCCUCCUCCAAUGGAGGCACCUUCGCAGUAUGGAUUCCUUCCAGGAAAUAAUACAUGGCUAGUAAAUGAUACUUAGACUUUGGGUGAGGAAUCUAAUUUUAAAUAAGCAAGCUCUGCUUUCUUUACCCACCCACCAAGAAGAAAUGACUCUUCCGUUCUAAAUAUUACUAAAUGUUGCCAUCAGACUAACAUUUGUAAUGAAAAUACGAGAGUAACCUCAAACAAUAGACCUUGACCCCAUUGUUUCCUAUUAAUCCACCCCUCCCCUGCCUAAAGGUAUUGGUCAUCCUUUGUGGUCUAGGUGGCUGUUUUGCGACCCAGAGGCCCAUUGCGAGUGCCUCUUGUUGCAAGAAGAAACCUUUUUGAGAAAUGCGUUGGUAGCUGAAUAUAAAGGCAUUCCAUUCACCAGGCUGGAUUCUGUGCAGAUCUCUUACAACAGUAGAGGGGGAAAGGCCGUGACUUCGCCCUAAGAACAUGCAAGUUAAAUGUCCGGUUGAUGUGCCAGGGUUGGCUCUUCCUGCUGAAGAGACGGAAGAGGCCGCCUUAGUGAUGUGAAUAUUGCCCUCCUCUAAUUUUCUGGUGUGUGGCGUGGUUUACCAUAGCAAGUGGCAAAAAAGGGGGAAAGCAGGGCACCGGAAGAGGGCCUGGAGGGGCUGUGGUCAGCCAACCCAGCAAAAGAUCUGGAGGGAACUUUACACCUUUGCCUUAGUUUACUUACAGAGUGCAGACACGGCAGCUUGGUAAGAUGGCAAAGUUUUCACGCACACUUGAACCAAGUAGGGUCAGAAACGUUGUGUAUAUUCUUGGGCCAGAGCAGUGGAUCACUUAGCCCUGUAACCUUUCUCCACCCCUUCCUCCGUUAGUGGCCAAAAUAAGAUGUUAGCAAGCCAAUGACAAUGUAUUCUGCCCAGUCAUGUUAACUGCUGACCUUCAGAUUGCAACCCAAGAUUUCUUUUGUGUUUUUAGUCCAAGGAUGCAUUUUCUGACCACCUGCCCCCAGUAGCCACUGAUGGAAGCCUCUUUGGAAAUGUCUCCAUCCCCAUCCCUUCUUAUCUCUUCCCCCCCCCCAUUUAAAUUGUUCCUUUUUCACUUCCUGUGCUGAUGAGUUUAAGUGUUUAAGCUGCAACAUGUAAGUAAAAUCAAGUCAGUUUGAGACCUGCCUCCUCAGCUUGCUUUUCCUGUUCCCUGUAUUUUCUGCUGCUGUAACGAGAGGACCACAUGAAGGAAAAAAAAUAAUCAUUACAUCUAAUUGAGCAAUAAUGUUUCCGACUUGGUUAAGACACUGCUUGUAAUUGCUGGGGACUGGUAUGAGCAGGAGAUAUCUUCAUGGCAAAAGGGCAUCUGCCACCAGCUCUCUUAUGUCUUUGCUGUGGUUACCUUUUAAACCAGAAGCUUCUUAUUAAACUAUGUUGAAAAUUUGA